AUGGACCCCUCAGCGAGCUCAACCUCCCGCGAGCUCAAGGAUACUCGCGCGACUAGCUCGACCAGCCUCAACAGUGCUGCUUCGGGCUCUUCGUCUACUCAUAAACCACCUACUCUUUCUCAGCGAUCUCCUUCUGUAUCUAUAUCCGCUGGUUCUGGCCCAAGCUCCAUAUCCGCCCAUCGCGCGAGCUUCGCUGAGGGCUUGCGCAAUGCGCCCUCAUCCCCACGCUCCCAACGGCAUCCUUCCUUUACACAGGCCGCUCUCCAGGAGCUAUUGAACCAUCCUCCUGCAGGAAACAAGCAUGCCAACCCCAGAUUUGCUGGCCGCGAUUGGCGCGAUGUAGCUAUUGGAGAGCUUGUAUCUCCCGAUGAUGUUAAAUGGGUUGAGUUCGAUAGCAGCGUCGAGGAAGCUACCAAGCUCCUCCUCAAGAGCCCUACCAACGUUGUUCUGGUCCGCGAGGAUCCCUCUACUCAUACCGCCGUCUCCACGUUCGAUUAUACCGAUUUGAACGCAUACCUGCUCGUUGUCGUUGGUCUUGCCAAACCCGAAGAAGAUCAGGUUGAGCUAUUCAACUCAAUUUUGGCCAAGGCUCAGGAAGGUGGCCAGAUUCCUCUACGAGACGUCUUUCCUCUUUUCCGCAAGGAAACACUCAUCACGUUGCCUGGUGACGAAAAGCUCGCACAGGCUAUUCAGAUUCUCGGCAGUGGCAUCCAUCGUCUGUUGGUGACAACUACUAGUGGCGAGGUGGUCGGCAUCGCAAGCCAACUUCGAAUUGUCGAGUUUUUCUGGAAUGAGGGUGUCAACUUUCCUUCUAUUGACCGGCUUUACCCUGCUUUGCUGCGUGAUCUGGGUGUUGGUGCCAAGGAGAUUGUUUCUGUCAACUCCGAUUCGCCCUUAUCAGAAGCUCUCACGCUUAUGAACAAUGAAGGCCUUACAAGCGUGGCUGUUGUUGAUAAUGGUAUGAAUGUGGUGGGUAACAUCUCGACCAAGGACGUCCGCCACUUAACCAAGAGCUCCAACGCCCAUUUACUCAAUUCGUCGUGCAUGAACUUCAUCUCUGUGAUUCUCAACGAGCGAGGAGUCGAACACGGACGCGACGUCUUUCCUGUAUUCUAUGUGAACCCCUACUCGACUCUGGCCCAUACUGUUGCCAAGCUCGUUGCUACUCGAUCGCAUCGAAUGUGGGUGGUUGAAUCGGCGUCGCCCUCCCCAUCAGCUCCUGCAACACCUUUAAUGGGACCUCAAUCUUUCACGACCGCCGGGCCUCCACCUCCUGCUGCGCCCGUAUCGGCGCCUGCGCACCCUGCACCCCCGUCGCCUGUUCCGACUGCAGCGGUACCUGCUUCCCCAGUUCCUACGGCUGCUGUGCCUGCAUCCGCCAUGGCUGGGGCUCGUCUUUCUGGAAGACUUACUGGUGUUAUCUCGUUAACUGAUGUCCUCAACAUGUUUGCGAAAUCGACUGGUUUGCAUCCUUCCGACCCUAACGAACAGCGAGCGCGACGAAGACGAAGCUCAAGCAGCUCGGUGCGACCCAGCCUGGACUCGUCUCGAGCUAGUAUCGAUUUCCGAAGGUGA